CAAUGGAAGUCCUGAAAUCCUCCUUCAUCUGCACCACUCCAUUCAACACCCAACCUUCUAAACCCUCAAAAAACCCCAGAUCCAAAACCAAACCAGUGAUCGUUUUGUCCUCGGUCACACCAGACCCAUGGACUCUCAGUGAUGGUAAUCUCGAAAAACCAAAACCCAAGUCCAAGAACCCCAAGAACCCACUCUCCGAUGACAACGCUCGACGCAUAAUCAAAGCCAAAGCUCAGUACCUUAGCGCCUUGAGGCGUAACCAAGGCUCACGAGCUCAGACUCCGAAAUGGAUUAGAAGAACGCCUGAACAGAUGGUUCAGUACAUGGAAGAUGAUAGGAAUGGAAACUUGUACGGUAGACAUGUUGUUGCGGCAAUUCAGCGGGUCAGAAGUCUUUCCAGGAAGCCCGAAGGGUCGUAUGAUAUAAGGGAGGUGAUGGGCUCUUUCGUUACGAAGCUUAGUUUUAGCGAGAUGUGUAUUGUCUUGAAGGAACAAAAGGGGUGGAGGCAAGUCAGAGACUUCUUUUCUUGGAUGAAAUUGCAGUUAAGCUACCGGCCAAGUGUUAUCGUCUACACUAUUGUUCUGCGAAUGUAUGGCCAAGUUGGCAAAAUUAAGCUUGCUGAGCAGACAUUCUUGGAGAUGCUUGAAGCAGGGUGUGAACCAGAUGAAGUUGCCUGUGGCACCAUGCUAUGUGCAUAUGCCAGAUGGGGACGCCAUAAAGCUAUGCUGUCAUUUUAUUCUGCGGUGCAAGAAAGGGGGUUGACACUCUCAGUUGCGGUAUACAAUUUUAUGCUUUCAUCUUUGCAGAAGAAAUCACUUCAUGAAGAUGUUAUGGACAUGUGGAGGCAGAUGCUUGAUAAAGGAGUAGCACCCAAUCAUUUUAGUUAUACAGUAAUCAUCAGCUCAUUUGUUAAAGGUGGUCUUGCUGAGGAAGCUUUUAGGACUUUUGAUGAGAUGAAGAGCUUUGGAUUCGUGCCUGAGGAGGUAACAUAUAGCCUUCUUAUCAGUUUAAGUUCAAAAAAAGGCAACCAGGACAACGGACUCAGACUUUAUGAAGACAUGAAAUUACAAGGAAGGACCCCAAGUAAUUUCACGUGUGCUUCACUUCUAACCUUGCAUUACAAAAACGAGGAUUAUUCAAAAGCCCUUUCCCUUUUUUCGGAAAUGGAAAGGAAAAAAAUUGUGGCAGACGAAGUUAUAUAUGGUUUACUUAUUAGGAUAUAUGGCAAACUUGGUCUCUAUGAGGAUGCCCAGAAAACUUUUGAAGAGAUUGAGAAAUUAGGCCUACUUAGCAAUGAGAAAACUUACAUAGCAAUGGCACAAAUCCAUCUCAACUCAGGAAAUUUUGAGAAAGCUUUGGGUAUUUUGGAGCAAAUGAGGUCUAAAAACAUUUGGUUUUCAAGAUUUGCCUUUAUUGUCUCAUUGCAAUGCUAUGUAAUGAAGGAAGAUUUGUCUUCUGCUGAAGCUACGUUUCAGGCUCUAUCAAAGACUGGACCUCCUGACGCCAAUUGUUGUAAAAAGAUGCUCAAUUUGUAUAUGAAACUGGGUUUAAAUGAAAAGGCUAAAGAUUUUAUUAUCCAAAUAAGAAAAGAUCAAGUGGAAUUUGACGAGGAACUUCUCAAGACAGUCAUGAAGGUGUAUUGCACGCUAGGAAUGCUAAGAGAUGCAGAACAUUUGAUAGAAGAGGUGAGUAGAAGCAGAUCAUUUGAGGAUAGUAAGUUAAUUCAAGCACUGUCUAUGGCUAUGGAUGGAGAUAUCAGGAGACUUCCCCGAACUGAAGGUGCUUUUGAACCAUUGGACCAACCUGGCACCAUGGCUUUUGGGUUUGUGCUUAGUUUGUAUUUGACGGAUGGCAAUGGCAGUAACGCAGAAGAAAAACUUAAAAUGUUGCUCAAGACUGCAAAUGGCUUGUCAGUGGCCAGUCAGCUCGUUUGCAAAUUCAUUAGAGAAGGCAAGAAACUUACUUAUGUGGUUGCUUAG